AUGAGCUCCCCAGAUGAGGUGUCUGUGUGGGGAACGGGUUUCGGCCCAGAGGGCGGGGAGCGGGCCGGCGUUCGCCCGGCCGGCCGCGCAGUUCCGCGGGGACCCGACCGCGGCCCCGAGCCCAGGAAGCCGCUGAGCGGCGGGGGCGGGAGUGGCUGCCCGGAUCCCAAGGGCUUCCAGUCAGAGCGUGAGAUGCUGGAAGCGGGAGGGCCGGUGCUGUGUGGCCGCGAAGGCCGAUCUGGCUCCCCGGCUGACCACAAGAGGGACCUCCUGGACCUGUUAGAGGAGUCUGAGGCGGGCACCACGCAGCAGCUGUACGACUGGGACGUGCUGGACUUCUGCAGAUACCCGUUGGCGGAGCCCUGCGCCUCCUUCGAAGUGUUCGCCGGCCUCGAGCAGUGUCCCGGCCGUCCAGGAGCGACCGCCCAGAGCUGUGGGGAAGCGCCGCCGGCUCUGGCCGGCCCUCUCCACCUCGGUGGGCCCGAAGCGGGUCGGGCCUGGGGGAAGCCUAAGAGAGCCACUAAGCGUAGGUUGAACGUGGCUGCGGAUCACCAGCGGUUCUCCAAGGAAGCCCUGGGCCUGCUGCUAUCCGACUCCGAGUCCUCAGAUGAGUUCAGUGACACAGAGCUGAUGAUGGUGAGUACUUACCCCGGAGGAGGAGGCCAGGCUGAGCCCAGCAGACCCGAGGAUCCCGGGGACACUCCCAGACACUCGAAUUUCCAAGUCAGGGAGAAUUUCCUUCACGUGACAGCCUCUUCCCUGUCCUCGGCUCUGCGAGGACUCUCUUCGGUUGUGGAAAGGCAGGGCGUGGGAGAGCAGGGCAUCUCUUCCCCUAAGAAAAUGCAGAGCGUGCUCUGGGGGAACGGGGGCAGCAAGCCCAGCUACCCGGGAGCUGCUGCUGCUGCUGCUACGGCAGGUGGCCUGCCGCAGGUCACUCCUAGGAAGAAGGGGACCCUGGAGAAGAAAUCCCUCGGGGGAGCCUCCACACUUGCCCUGGGGAAAAACUUCCCUUCCUGGGGGCAGCGAAUCUGGGCACCUCCGCUGGAACCGGCCACCUUCCCCCCAGUCUCUGGUAUUCCGCUGCUUGGGAGAUCCAAGAGGUAUACCUUGGUCCCUUCUGGAACCAAACAGGCCAAGCACACCAGCGCUGGGAAGAAAUCCGUGGUCACGUGGACAAGGGAGUCUGAGGCUGUGGCGGGAGAAGAUAAGGACCCAAAUAGAGACCCAGCCCCAAAGGGCCAACUGCCAGCUCACAAGCCAGGGACACCUUAUCUGCGCAUGCAUCGUGGAAAAGCCAGCAGUGGCGAGGUCGACACCAGAGGCCCCCAAGAUCCAGGAAAGUCAGAGCCCUUGGCCCUGAACCAGGGAGAAGUCAUGCCCAGGGGGCCUGCCCCCUCAGGUGAGUGUCGUGGGUUUGAUAGGAGGGGAGAGGAGAGGGGUGGAGGGCAGAAACCUCUGGCUCUGUCUCUGUUGGGGGCACAGCCGUCCUCUCAGGCAGCUUCUCCCACAGGAGACGGGGUGCUGGCAGGGCUGGCCUUGAGCCACAUCAUCCUGUGUGUGAGGUUUGUGUGGCGCGGCUGA